AUGAAUUCCUAUCUCCUCAACAGAGCCCUCGGGUCUGUCAAUCCGAAUAACUUUCAUGUCGCCCAGACCACCCGGCUAGUCCACCACCUCGAAGCCGCUCCAGGCAUACGGUUCUCCAGUCGCAGACCAGCUGCAUCAACAGACCAGACCGAGGAUGACAUCGCGCCGUUGGAUCAAGAGCUUAGCUCCUCCGCAGCGGAACUGUUUGCUCACAAGUCUGGCGUGAACUGCCUAGCAGUCGAUCAGUUCGAGGGCCGAUAUAUGAUAUCGGGAGGUGCCGAUCCAUCAAUCCACCUCUGGGAUCUCGAAACGAGAGGCUCAGAGCUUGAACACGCUCAUAGAUCUUGUGCGUCGGUAAGUAAAUCCUCGGCCGCCGACGCGCAUACACAUGCGAUUACGUCGCUCUCGAUCUACCCGUUUGAUCCCGUUCCCUCGACGAUCUUCUCGACAUCACACGAUGGUACAUUGAAGCUGUCGGCGCUAGAUUCACCUUCUAUCACACCGGUCCAUACAUUCAGUCUCGAUUGCACUCCAUAUUCGCACUCGUUCUCAUCUCAGCCUGGGUCUACACUGCUUGUCGCGGUAGGCACAUCGGAACGAUCGGUACGGUUAGUAGAUCUACGGUCAGGCUUAUCGACACAGGGAUUACCCGGACACAAUGGCGCUGUCUUGUCUGUUGCAUGGGCUCCCCAUCGACCCCAUCUGUUGGCCUCUGGCUCAGUGGAUAAUCGGGUCAUCAUAUUCGAUGUCCGUCGUGGAGGUCACAACUCUGCCAUUGCGACCUUGGACAUGGAUGAUCCGGUAGGACUAGGUCUUCCAGGAACGGGCUCUAUACCCGCUUCAUAUGAGAGUCGUCCGGCGUUCUCUCGACAUGCCCGUGCUCAUAACGGGCCUGUGACUGGAGUACGCUGGACAUCCAAUGGCAGUCACAUCGUGACAACGGGCCAAGACUCACGGAUCCGAGUAUGGGACUCGGCGACUGGUGCUAAUACACUAGUUCAUUUCGGUCCUCGGGUCCGUAACAGCUCUUCGUCGCACCUGGCGGAACGAGCUCCGUUGGUGAUACCGAAAGGUGCAAUGAGUCCCGGCCAUGAGACGUUAUUAUGGCCUAAUUUCAAUGAGCAAGACGAUCGCGGUGAGAUAUUCAUGUUUGAACUCCGCGAAGGAACGUUCGUCAAGCGUCUCCGAGUUCCAGGUCUAGCGAUUGGGUCACAGAAUAUGCGUGGUCGAUCAAGCGCUCUUAGUGCCGCGCGCGUGAAUGAUCUAGUCUGGCGUGGCAACGGUGCAUCUGGGGAGGGUAUCGAGCUAUUUUCCGCACAUGGCGACGGCACAAUCCGAACAUGGGUAUCUCGCGAACCAGACGGCGAGCCCACAGAAGCCGAAGAGGCAGAUAUGGCCGACCGUAAGCGAAAGCGAGAUGUUCUAGAUGAGGUCUACCAAGGGUUUUUAGCGCCCGAUCAACCCAUCUUUCAUAUGUGA